GAAAAUCUGUUGCCUCCUAACAGGAAGUCGUCAUCACGUCACUUGACUCCAACACGGAAGAAGUCGUCAUCGUAAGAGCUGUGAGUUGGAAGCCCGUAAAGUCUAACAUGUCGUGGAUACGAGAAGGUGAUUUGAAUCUGCUGGAAAAGAUUUCAGCCAACGUCCUGAAGGCAGGACCUAUGCCUAAACAUGUGGCCUUCAUCAUGGACGGUAAUCGCCGCUUUGCACGAAAGAAAAACAUGGAGCGCCAGAAAGGGCACACGCAGGGAUUUGACAAACUGGCAGAGACACUAAUGUGGUGCAAGCACCUGAACAUCAAAGAGGUGACAGUCUACGCCUUCAGCAUUGAGAACUUUAAGCGCACUAAAGACGAGGUGGAUGGGCUGAUAGAGCUGGCAAGGCAGAAAUUCAUGAGACUCUUGGAGGAACGAGAAAAUCUGGAGAAGCACGGUGUGUGUAUCCGGGUGCUGGGUGACUUAAAUAUGCUGCCGCUUGACCUUCAGCAGCUGAUUGCUAAAGCUGUGAUCACAACCAGGGCUCACAACAGAUGUUUCUUGAAUGUGUGUUUUGCCUACACGUCAAGAUAUGAAAUCACUAAUGCAGUCAGAGAAAUGGCUUGGGGAGUGGAGCAGGGCCUGAUCAAAGCAAGCGAUGUUUCAGAGCCGCUGCUAAGUGAGUGCCUGUACAGCAACAACUCUCCCAACCCCGAUUUGCUCAUUCGCACCUCUGGAGAGGUGCGCCUCAGUGACUUCCUUCUUUGGCAGACAUCUCACUCAUGUAUAGUGUUUCAGUCAGUCCUUUGGCCUGAGUACUCUUUCUGGAAUCUGUGUGAAGCCAUUGUCCAGUAUCAGUUAAAUCACAAAUCCAUUCAGAAAGCCAGAGACCUCCAUCGAGAGCAUCAGGCCUUACAGCAGUUAGAGGCGGAUCGAGCCUGUGUAGCAGAACACCUGCAGCAUCAUGGGAAUGGAAAACCUGUCGACGCCCAGAAAAGACAGGAGGCUCUGCUGCACUACACAGCCUGUCGGGAAGAACGCAUUCAGGAAUUCUUAGGAGUGCUGAAGCACAAGAGAGACUCAUUCUUUAAUGACUUAUCCAGCGAAGAAGUCUAAACCUAGAUAUACUGUGAAGAGCAAACCCCAUGUUGACUUGGGGAUGAAACCUCUCCUGUUCUCUAAAGGGCUUCCAUGGAAGAGGGAAGAGGGAGAAACUGGGAAUGGUUUCAUUUAGUUACUGAUUUAUAAAAGAUGGGAGGGAAAUUUUACCCCUAUGGGGCUGUAGAUUUGUGAUAUUUAUGAUUGUAGGUUAAAAAGUCUAAUACUAACGCCUGGUCAAGAUGUAGUUAAAUAAUUUUGUAAACUGUUUGUAAAAUGCAUGCAAUCGUUUGAAAGGUUGUAUUCUACAAGAGAAACCCAUGGAUCCAACACCCAGACCGAGAGAAUUUUGGGGCCCGUGGACAGUGGCUUUUGUUGAGUGUGAUGUUGUUGAAAUAACUAGAUUUUGACCAGUUUCCCUGAAUGGAAUAAAGUGAUUACUGUAUGUUAGAUAUUAUACAGCAUUUACAAGUCAGCUCUUUGUGUCUACAUACCACCAUCCAACUAUUGGGCUUCUUCACCCGCUACCUGAGAUGAUUUGCAGUGUAAUAGGUCUAAACAUAAGUCAUAAAAGUCACAUGCAUUCACUUAAGUACCUAAAUAACCAUUUUAGCUAUUUGCUCUUUGAUCUUGUGUGCUUCUAUGUUACGAUGGCACGUUCAAGCUUUUAGAUGAGGAAAUCUUUUUUAAAUGAUCAUUUUGACUACUUGAGGCACUUACCUGAGUAUUGCAUUGCCUAGUUUUACUUUUUCAGUGCAAUUUGGAGGAAGGUUAUUCCAGUAAAUUUAAAGACACAAACAUGCAAACAUCAGCAGAUGCAAAACAUGAGCUUAAUGGAUACAUGAAAACAUGAUGCAUAAGGAAAAAUAAUAAUCCAAGCAUAUUAUGGCAUCAUAGUACAAUACAUGUAAGGCCUAUUUUUUUGUUUUUGAUAUACAAUAUAUAACUGAAAUAUUACAUUUACUCAAUAUAUUUACAGGACUAAUAUUAGUAAGUAAUCAUAACAUUAAAUUAAGCCCUGUAUAGUAUGAACUCAAAGAAUUUUCCUUACUAUUACUAUUACUAUUACUGUGCUACAUUGUUUGCAUUUAUCUAACGGAGGCUGUUGUAAAUUUAGUCGUAAAUUUACAGUGAAUCCAUAUGAGGUUGCUAGUUGCUUUUGACCAAAACAAACCAUCUGCAACAGUACAAUGUUUGACCCAAAUAGAGUAAACUAAAGAUGCAGCCUCAUGAAAUAAGACCCGGAGCCACUUGGCAUUUGGUUAAUUUAUGCAAAUUUUACUGAUUCUGCAAUUAAGGUUUAUUUUUAAUGAAGACCAUUUUAUUAACGUGUUGAAAUACGGUUCCCAACCUUCACGGGCCUUGUGUUAUGUAAAAUAAAGUGCUUUCACUACAAGUCGGAUCGACGAUAAAGCUCUUAAACAGCGCCCCGUGUGUUACUGCGCAGUAUUUAUCGGCUGCCUCCUGCCUCUUUAAUAAAUGGGUGGUACCUCAUGCCACGUGACACCUCAUCAGCCAAUGGCAGGCGUCGAAACACAAAACUGGUUCAAACCAGUUUCGUUCUUAUAUUUCAGUCUAUAAACUACAAAAACAUUCGUUUGCAUUAUACAUUCGCCAUUUUACAGAGCGACUGUUCGGUUGUCGUCCGUGAUCUCUCGGAAAAAAGUCAGUUUUAACGAUAAUAAUUUUGUGAAAUUUUUGUGCAGUUGCCAGUAGCAACAUGGCCAAAUCGAAGCAACCUGUUUCAGCUGGGCAAAGAAGAACUUCCCCACGGCUUGCCCUGAAGCCUAAGACUACACCUGCAGAGACCAAGAAGAAAGCUGCUGCAAAGAAGCCACCCAAAGCAAAGAAGGCCAAGCCAGCUGAGAAUGGAAACACCAAGGCUGAGGAGCCAAAGGCUGAAGCCACCGAAGCCAAAUGAAUAAUGGUUGAUGUGCUCACUCUGUGUACUUGGUGAUUGUACAGUUUUAAAUAAGUAUUUUUUACCAAGUUUUAUAUUACAAAUGUCAUUUAUAGGUUUGUAUUGGGCUUGCACUUGAUGUAACAACUUUGUUUUCACAUUCAUAUCCAUUUUAAACGAUUACCGUCCAUAUCUUGUAGCCGUGGCAUUUAUAGUUUGUCUAAUCCUGUUUUUUAUUGUAAACUGCUGAGUAAUAGAUAUUUUCCAAAAAGGUUGGAUUAUGAAUUUAAGUUUAAACAUUAUAAAGGCAGCUAAGGUAUAUUGUUAAAAUUAAAAAUUGCCUUUUAUCUCCUUGUAUCUUAAUGUUAAGCUAACAAAAAUAUAAAUGGUUGUUUUGAAACACUGUUUGUCAAGACAUAAUAACUAGCCAGUGAAAAUGCCACAGAAAAAUACUGUUAAAGGGUUAAAACCAUCCUAAAAUGAACGUGUGAUGUGAAUCUGGUCAUUUGAUUAAAAGUUAAGUUAUGUUUUUAUUAGGGGAAAAGAAGCUUUUUUUCUCAUUUAAGUGGUUGAUCUAAAUGUUCUUGAAUAAAAAUUUUCAAACUGUC